UAAUUAAAAAUAUGAAUAAAAAAUCUUCCUCAAAAGGAAAUUUCGUCUAGACUAGAUACUAGGGUCUGGGGUCACAUAAUGUGUCAGAUUAAGCUUAAAAUAGAUGCACCAAAAUUAGAUUUGUGAGGAAGAUGACUGUCUCAAUAGUAUUAACUUGGAGGACUGCACAAGACACCUCUUUUGUGUCAGCUGUUUCACUUCAUUUAGGUUUAUUCGUGAGUUUGUCGUUAUUCCCCGCCCGAUGUACUAUGAUGAGUUUUACUGGAAUCUUGUGCUUCCUCCUUAGUCAUUCAUUUCAGUUGCAAAUGGUUUAUCGUAGAGUUAGGUUGUCCUCUUGAUAUUUCUCUUCUUCACCCACGCACAAAUUCUUCAGCAGUGAAAAGUGACCGAUUUCUUCACUUUAAGAGUGUAAAAUAAGUGAUUAAAAAGUAAAGAUAAAUAAGUGGUUAAAAUUAUAUUGUUGUGUUUUUUUUUCUUCAAAAAAAUUGUUUUUAAUAUCAGUUUUUAGCUGAGAUUCUUUACACUUAAUCCGCACUUAAUACAACAUUUUGGAUAAAAAUUAACACCAAGGCAGGAUCCCCAAAAAUUUCGAGGAAAAGUUAAAACAGUUCUUUUCACCAUGCAAGUGGAAAAUAGUAAAUGGUCAAAUCGAUUACCACCUCUUGAUCUCUCCGGCGUGACAGUUUAUUCUAAGGAAUCAGACUGCUGCUGGUCAAAACUGCACAAGACAACAAAUAAUGAGAAAACGACAUGGGAAAAUACGAAUUACCUAAUAGAAUCAGAUGAACUUCCGAUAGAUCCAAGAGACUGGACACGGGCACACGUGUGGAAGUGGCUCAAUGAUCUGGCAGUAUUAGAAGGCCUUACAAUAACACCUGAUAUUGCACAGAAGUUCCCAAUGAACGGGAAGGCCUUGUGCCUCAUGAGUCUCGAUAUGUACUUGAAUCGUGUGCCAGUUGGUGGUAAAACUCUCUAUCGUGAUUUCCGUUUAAGAAUGACUCGAGCCAUGAGUCUUUAAGUAUUUUCCAAAUUUCUCAUAAUUUUGUUUUAACACUGAAUCACAUUUUAGAAAUUUUAAGAAUUCCCACCAAAUAUGUCUUGUGCCAUUAGCAGUAUUUAAUUUUGUCUUCGCUUUAAGUAUUCUCCUCUGUCAA